CGUGCCCUCCGCCAGCUGUGUCCCUCCCUUGCUCUUCGACCGGGGGGGGGAGGAGCCACCGGCUUUCCAGCGUAGGGUGGCAGGAGCAGCACGCUACUCCCCGGGGGAGGAAGCAUGGAGCGGAGCGGCUCGGUGUCGCUACCAAGCCAGGAGUGGUUCCAGGAAACCUUCAAGCAAUACGGGUACGAGGGGCAGAUCGGAGCGGUGAGAGCCCGGGAGUUCGGCAGAUUGGCAGGUGUUAUUUACCUGGACCAUGGAGGUACAACGCUGUAUCCACACAGUCAGAUUCAUUACUUUUACCAAGAUCUUGCAGAAAAUAUCUAUGGUAAUCCCCACAGUGGAAAUGUUGCCAGCAGACUGACACAUGACACUAUUGACCAUGUUCGUUACAGGAUUCUCCAGCUUUUCAACACCAGCCCAGAAGAAUAUACAGUCAUUUUUACAUCAGGGUGCACAGCUGCUCUUAAACUAGUAGCAGAAAACUUUCAAUGGACCUGUGCAGAGCAUGAAGAAUCAAGGAGUCGGUUUUGUCACCUGACCGAUAACCACACUUCUGUGGUGGGUAUGAGAGGAUUAUCUGUUCCAGCUGGUGCUCUAACUCUUCCAAUAAACUUGGAUGAAAUUCAUGAAGAUAAAAACAUUCUGCAUGAAAAGAUAUCCAUGGCCAAGGAGGAAGAUUGCCACAUUCACCAUCUGUUCUGCUACCCUGCUCAAAGUAACUUCUCAGGGACAAAAUAUCCACUUUCUUGGAUAAGGGACAUUAGGUCAAAAAAAUUGUAUCCUUUCAGCAGAAUUCCAGGGACUUGGAAUGUGCUGGUGGAUGCAGCUUCGUUUGUGAGCACCUCACCACUUGACCUCAGUUUGUAUCAGGCAGACUUCAUCCCCAUCUCAUUUUAUAAAAUUUUUGGAUUCCCAACAGGUCUAGGAGCUCUGUUGGUGAAGAAUGAAAAUGGACACAUGCUGGGAAAGAAAUACUUUGGAGGAGGAACGGCAGCUUCUUAUUUGUCAACGGAGGAUUUCUAUGUCCCAAGACAGUCAAUUAGUGAGAGGUUUGAGGAUGGCACGGUUUCAUUUCUUGAUAUAAUAGCAGUAAAUCAUGGAUUUAAUGCACUGGAAAAAAUUACAGGUGGAAUGCAAAAUAUUAUGCUACAUACCUUUAGCCUUGCCCGUUAUACCUACAUAAUGCUUUCUGGAAUGCUUCAUGCUAAUGAAAGACCAGUUGCUCGGAUUUAUAGCAAUAAUGAAUUUGAAACUCCAGACAUUCAGGGACCGAUCAUUAAUUUUAACAUACUCGAUGAGAACGGUGAUAUUGUUGGUUACGCAAAGGUGGACAAACUGGCAAAUUUGCACAACAUUUAUCUUCGCACAGGCUGCUUUUGUAACACUGGAGGCUGUCAGCGACACAUAGGAAUCAGUAAUGAAGAUGUCAAAAAGAAUCUGAAGGCAGGCCAUGUCUGUGGAGAUGCUUUGGAUCUGAUUGAUGGCCGCCCUACUGGUUCAGUCCGAAUAUCCUACGGCUACAUGUCAACGUUUGAUGAUGCACAAACAUUUUUAAAGUUUGUAAUAGAUUGUUUUGUUAAGCAGCCAGUUUGCUUUGACAAAGACACCCUGUCUAAACUAAACCUCUGUAGGACAAUGAAAGAGAAAGAUGAAUUAUGGGCAGAGAAUUUGGCAAAUGAAAAUGUCAUCUCAGUAAGGGAAGUCUCUUCAGAAAUCGCUGGAACACAUUCUCGCGGAGUUGAAGUUCCUCUCUAUCAGAAUUUUUCAGACAAUCCAUCAAAGUGGAAUAAAAACCCAGGAAGUUCCAAAUUAAUCUCUAAUGACAAUGAGUUAGUGACCCUCACAAACAUCUACUUGUAUCCAAUCAAGUCCUGUGCUGCUGUUGAGGUUAAGAAGUGGCCUAUUGGAAAGCAUGGGCUACUGUAUGACCGUGUCUGGAUGAUUGUCAACCACAAUGGAAUCUAUCUUAAUCAAAAGCAGGAGCCCAAGCUUUGUUUGAUUCAUCCACACAUUGACCUGGAACAAGGAAUCAUGACCAUCAGUGCAGAAGGAAUGGAUCCUAUAAUGGUGCCUCUGGAAGAAGAAGCUGGAGAACAAUAUUCACUUCGGUUCUGUCAAACUAAAGUCUGUGGAGACAGAGUAAAAGGAUUAAACUGUGGAGAAAAAGUUGCAGGAUGGAUCUCCACAUUUCUCGGACGGCAGAGUUAUCUGUUCAGACAGAGUUCUGAUUUUCAAAGAGUGAUGAAGAAACAUAAGCAAGGCCAAUCUUUGACCCAGUCACCUUCCCUCUCAUUGGUGAAUGAAGCACAGUACCUUCUUGUAAAUAGGGCAAGCAUUCUACACCUGAAGGAGCAGAUAUUACAAAGAGGUGGAACAUGUGAUUCUAAUUCUGCUGAAGCAUUAACAACCAAGGAACUCAUCCAUCGUUUCCGAGCCAACCUUGUGAUAAGUACAAUGAGACCGUAUGAAGAAGACGACUGGGCUGAGGUGGUUAUAGAUGGUGUUUCUUAUCCUUUUCAGAUUGUAGGACUAUGUAGCAGAUGCCAAAUGAUCUGUAUUAACCAAGAUAAUGGAAAAAGGAGCAAAGAACCCCUUCAGACACUGUCUUCAUGCAAGGGUAGAAAGAUGACUUUUGGGGUAUAUCUGCUUCAUCAGCUCCCAGCAACCCUGGGACAUUCUGCAUUUCUGACUGUAGGAUCCCAAGUCUUUGUGAAAACCAAAGAGGAAAAUACUAUUACACCUGCUGAACCAUGACAUCCUCUGCAGCUGCUGCAGGAGUGAACAUGAGUAUUUCCCAUUAGCAUGAACAUAACUUUACAAUGAAGUAAUAGAUUAUUGUUUUUGAUUCCUCAUAGUGAAGUUGAUGUUAAUUCAAGUUUACAGGUCUGAAAAUCUAUUACUAUUGGACUGUUUCCUUAUCUUAAAAAAAAGUGCAAAUGAUAUCCUGUGAUGAAUGAAUUCCCUACAGAAUAUAAAUUUCUCAAUUAAAUCUCAUUUCAAAAUGUUAUCCAUGUACUUGACCGUGGUAUAAUUUUAAUGUUUUGGAGAAUCAGUGUCAAGGAAUUGAGUUAUGUCAGUUUGUUUUUCCCUGUACAUUAUUCACAAUAUACACAUUGAUAAUUUUAUUUGUCAACAUUGUCAAAAUAAACAUACAAUAAUACCAAAUAUUUGGAAAUUAUCACAAAUUAAAUUUAGAUAGUUGCACAAUUUGUGAUUGUUAGACAGUUGCUAUCAUAGCUGUGCUGAAAGAAUUUGACGAAGUGCAAUUAAUUCUGCAGCACUGGCCUUCAGCACUGUAACUGGUAUAUCCAUGCAGCUAAUUCUGGAGCACAAGUUGUUAGCACCAUAGCUGGGCUACUGUUAGGGCUCAUUGUCUUUGCUUAUGCAGUGCACUCCAAGUGAACCAAACUGGCUAACAAAGACAAGCUUUUGUAAUAGUAAGAAUCAUCAACUCAAGGUUUCUGACAGCAAAUGGCUGCAAAUACAAGUCUUGUCUUUUGCACUCGUGUAUUGAGCUCCACCAGUAUUGAGGGUGACAAAAUUCAUUUGUUCUAUUAACUGUCUGUCUACCACCAUUGAUUAUUAGAUUUGCAGAACUGCAGAUGUUUGAUCUGAUCUUUUGUUGUGGAAUUGGUUAGCACUCUACACAGCACUGCUACUUCUGCUGUUUAGCACAAAUAUAGUCCUGUGUUGUAGGUUCACCAGUCUGUUACUUUGGCAUGCCUGGUAUUGCUGACAACAUGCUACAUUGCUCAUUGAAUUCCACUGGCUUGUUAGAAAUAGUAAAGAAUAUGCUAGGCCAUGAGUUUAUAAAUUGUGAUGGAAUUCAAUUCUGCUGCUGCUAAUUACCAACAGCAUCACAUGGAUGGCCAAUUUGACCUACUAGAUAUACUCUGAAUCUAUCUCAUUUGGCAUAGGAGGAUGUCCUUUGUAUGAAGAUGGAAUUUCAUCUUCACUUGUACUAUGCAGUUGCCACCCCAAUCAAUACUAGUAGGGAUAGAUGCAUCCAUAGUUGGUAGGUUAGGGGGAGAAUAAGAUCAACUAGGUUUGUAUCCUCAUGUUAGUUAUCAUAAUCCCAUGCUGACCCAGGCUGCCAGUGAUGAUCUUCACGACUUGGCCAGUUUGGCCAGAAGCUGUCUUACUGAGCCUCUUUUGAUGAUGAAUAUUGAUGUUGCUCAAUCACAGUUCUCAAUCCAUGCCCUUGCUGUCUUAAAUGCUUCCUCUAAGCAGUUUCAAUGCCAAGGCGUCCCCGAUUCAUCUUCAUUUAUAUUUGCUGUAAUGCCAUGGCAUAUAGUCAUGAACUGAUGUUGAGGAUUCACUUUCCAAUGUCUCCGUCUAAAUUGACUUUGUGUCUCUGAUCCACACCUCUGAAUUACAAGUGCAAUAACAGAAUAAUGGCUCUGUGUACUUUUCCUAGAUAACAAACUGCACACUCUCCUGAUUUGCAGCAUUCAACAAUGGCCAGUUUCACUUUAAGGCUCUCACCUGAAUAAAGGCCAAUAGACUGAAAUACGAACUCGCAUCAGGGUGAAAAUAUACAAGGACUGCAGAGGAUAGCAAAAUCUUUUUGUAUAUGGGUGCAGGUGAUUUUGAAGUUAGCAGGGCAUCAAUGGCUUUCAAAGGCAUUCGGUGAGCGCAGCCAUUCACUUGUUCUGAGCUUCUGAACUGCACUACACUGCUCUCGGCUAUGUCAAUAUUCUGACAGCUAGCUUCCCAACAGAAGACUAUGCCCAAAAACAUGAUGGAAAGAAGAGCAUGACCCAAAGUCCAGCACCCAAGAAUCUUGGGUUAACCAAAGAUCUGUUUGAUUAAGUCUGAGAAUGCAGCACAUUGUGAUAAACUUGUGGGUUGUUUGGGGGAAUGACCCAACAUUUAUUUCCUCUGAUAAACUACUAAUAUGAGCUUGCAUCACUCAUUUAGAUUAUGGCACCUAAUUAAGGAU